AUGGCUGCAACCGUGGUUGCGCGCCCAAGAGUGGAUUUUGUCCAUCCCGACCGCGCAAAAAACCUAUCAGGGGCAGCGCCAAGACCAGCAGUCCGGCACCCCAAACACAGCAGCAACGCCAACAAAAAUAUUAGCAUGGACCAGAUCAUCGAGGGCGCCAAUAAGGUGCUCCGGUACAUUGAGAACAAUGGCCAGGAAGAUCCAACCAUCACUGGAUACAUCCGUACGGUCAAGGAGUAUGCGAUCAAUUCUCGCCAGCGCCCUGAUGACGCCAACGCCUAA